UAAAAAUCAGACAUUCUGCGUUCUCUUUCACUCUCUCUCUCUCUCUCUCUCUCUCUCUCUGAGCCUUCCACUCUCUUUCCCAGAUAUUCAGGCUUCGAGAAGAUGGAAAGCCACUUGAUAAGCCUCGAUUCUUUGAUUUUCUCUCUCGCAUUUAUCCGAUUUUACCGACGUUAAAUUUUUUCUUUCUUUCCAGUAUUAUGUGGAUCUGAGUGCCGGUGGAGCAAAAAUUUGAGGAUUAUUCAGUAGCUGAUUAGUACCGCAUUUCAAGUUUAUUCGUAUAUAAAUGGGCAUUGUGAUUUGAAUUUGGAGCUAUCUAAGCACAUUGGAGAAGCGUAGGUGGUUAAGAGGAGGUCUGCUAUAUCUGCAACCAUGGUUAUAGGCUUGAAGCCAAAGAACAGGGGGGGGAGCCCCACUGUUCAAGUCGAUUACAUAGUCCAUAUUCAAGAGGUUAAGCCUUGGCCUCCAUCGCAGUCGCUUAGAUCGCUUAGGUCUGUGUUAAUUCAGUGGGAAAAUGGUGAUCGUUCUUCUGGGUCUACCAACCCUGUUAUUCCUUCUAUUGGUUCCAUUGUUGGUGAGGGAAGAAUUGAAUUCAAUGAAUCUUUUAAGCUACGUGUGACUCUGCAGAGGGAUCUGUCUGUCAAAGGUGGGGAAGGUGAUACAUUCCAAAAGAAUUGCUUGGAGCUUAACUUGUAUGAGCAUCGUAGGGAUAAGGCUGUAAAAGGUCAGUCCUUGGCUACUGCAAUAAUAGACUUCGCUGAUUAUGGUGUAGCCAAAGAAACCUUACGCAUUAGUGCUCCAAUGAAUUGUAAAAGAAGCUUUAAGAAAACAGAUCAGCCUGUUUUGUAUGUUAAACUUCAGCCUGUUGAGAAGCGGCGCAGCUCCUCGUCUAAAGAAAGCCUGUCAAGGGGUGCUGCAAUGGAUCAUGCUGCUGGUGAAUCUAUUUCACCCUUAAUGAAUGAAGAAUAUGCUGAGGAAGCUGAAGUUGCAUCUUUCACAGACGAUGAUGUCUCCUCCCACUCAUCUGUGACACAUUCUGCAUUUAAGUCUAAUGGGGGAUCAGCUCCUCAAAAUGCAGAGAAUGGAAUAGAGAGAGUCACUAACAGCGUUGGAGGGGGUAAAACGAAACACAUUGUCGCCUCAAAACCACAGGUUGAAAAAUCAAAUCUGAUAGCUCAGAAUGCACUUCAGCAAAAUGUGAAGGGAAGUUCUUCAUGCUCGUCAUCAGUAGACUUAUCAUCUGAUUUGGGGAGCCCAGUAAGUAAUUAUGCUUCAGCGUCCCUGUCUCCCAACUCUAGUUCGACUAAAAUUCUGAAAGAUGUUGAAUCCCUGGGUGUUCAUUCUUCUUCCCAUUCCUUAGUAAAUGAAAAUGCAGAAGAGUUAUCCAACAACAGAGUGAGAAGCAAUGAUGAUGAAUAUUCAUCUGAUUUUCACAGGAACAUUGCUAAUGGCAGAAGUAAUACAUCUAAUGUUCAACAGAAUGGUAAAAAUGACCAAAGAAGUCAUGAUAGCUAUGAUAGUUCUAAAGAGGACAAAGAUGAAGAAACCCAGGAAGAAAAUAGAGGUGAAAAACAAAAAUUAAACGGGAACAGGUAUUCUGGGGAAGAUGAAUCAUCCAUUGUGCAAGAUGUUGUGCGAGAGCAAGUUCCAAUGGCAGAUGAUAACUUAUCCCUAACCAAGGAACGUAUUGCAAUGCAGGAAAAUAUACUGAAAAGUGAUAAACUAAAGCAUGUGAAGUCGGUUAGAGUUGACCCAGCUAAAAAUGGGUUGAUUGGUAGCAAUGAGCGUACAGAAGUGAAAGAAAUUGGUCAGGUUGAUGCACAAAACAGAGCUAGUAACGCCAAAAAUAAGGAAAGAAAAGAAGCUAAGGUGCAUCCUAGAGAUGCAAGGACUUCCAUCUUAGAUAGCAAGAUCCAGCAAUUGGAACAUCGAAUAAAGAUGCUUGAGGGAGAGUUGAGAGAAGCUGCUGCCAUUGAGGCAGCUCUUUAUUCAGUAGUCGCUGAUCAUGGAAGUUCCAUGAGUAAGGUUCAUGCUCCAGCUCGGCGACUUUCUAGGCUCUAUCUUCAUGCUUACAGAGAAAGUUCCCAAUGUAGAAGGGCCACUGCUGCUAGAAGUGCCAUUUCAGGACUGGUUUUGGUUGCAAAAGCAUGUGGAAAUGAUGUCCCGAGAUUAACAUUUUGGUUGUCCAAUUCUGUUGUGCUGAGAACAAUUAUAAGCGAAGCCACUGGGGACUCAGAGCUACCAAUUUCUGCUGGACCCUUUAUCAAGAGGAAUAAGGCUGAAAAGGAGAAAAGCAAGGCAUCACCAACACUAACAUGGAAGCUGUCAGCUCCUGGGAAAAGGGAAGGCACAGAAUUUUUGUACAGGAGUUUUGGUGACUGGGAGGAGCCGUCUACAUUUACUCGUGCAUUAGAGAAGAUUGAAGCUUGGAUAUUUUCCCGCAUUGUUGAGUCUAUCUGGUGGCAGACUUUGACUCCACAUAUGCAGUCUGUUCCUGCAAAGGUCAUUGACAAAGAUAUUGAUUCUGGAUCAGUGAAAAGCUACUCAAGGUCAUCUAGUUCAUGUGAUCAAGAGCAAGGCAGCAUGUCUUUAGACCUUUGGAAGAAGGCUUUCAAAGAUGCGUAUGAAAGACUUUGUCCAGUACGUGCUGGGGGGCAUGACUGUGGCUGCUUGCCUGAGCUGGCUAGAUUGGUGAUGGAGCAAUGUGUGGCUAGAUUAGAUGUGGCAAUGUUCAAUGCCAUUCUUCGUGAAUCUGCUGAUGAGAUCCCAACUGAUCCUGUAUCUGAUCCAAUCAGCGAUUCCAAGGUUCUUCCAAUUCCAGCGGGGAAAUCAAGCUUUGGAGCUGGUGCCCAGCUGAAAAAUGCUAUUGGGAACUGGUCUAGAUGGUUGACCGACAUAUUUGGCAUUGAUGAUGAAGAAUCAAUGGAAGACGUGAAUGAGCAUGAUGAUGAUGAUGAUGACAGACAAGAUACAUCCUUCAAGUCUUUCCAUCUCCUUAAUGCGUUGAGCGAUCUCAUGAUGCUUCCGAAGGACUUGCUCUUAAGUAAAUCUGUUAGAAAAGAGGUUUGUCCUACAUUUGGUGCACCAUUGAUCAGGAGGAUUCUUGACAUUUUUGUCCUGGAUGAAUUUUGCCCUGAUCCAAUUCCCAAUAUUGUGUUUGAAGCUCUUGAGUCUGAGGAUUCUGCUGAGACUGGGGAGGAGGCUAUCACAAAUUUCCCAUGCACUGCAGCUGCGAUUACCUAUUUGCCACCUUCAACAGCUUCCAUUGCUAAUACUAUCGGAGAGAUUGGAGGCCAAGCACAUCUGAAAAGAAGUGGGUCCUCAGUGCUCAGGAAAUCAUAUACCAGUGAUGACGAGCUUGAUGAAUUGAAUUCACCCUUGUCGUUGAUCCUCAUUGAUGGGUCCCGUGCAUCUUCUGUUCCAACAAAACCAAGCUGGAUAUCAAAGGAUAAUGGCAACCGAAAUGCUCUCAGAUAUGAACUACUUAGGGAAGUAUGGAUGGAUAGCGAGUAGCUAAUAUACAUGAUUAUAAGUAUAUAGAAGAAUAAUUUCUUUGUUCUUUAUGAAAUUGUAAAUCUGUACUCCAGUUUAGGUUUCACCAAGUAUUGAUCAGAAAAGAAAAGAGAAGGGAUAUAUGGCAACAUAGGAGGGCAACUCAGACCUUUUUGUAAUGGAGUGUGUUUGAGGUAAUAAAAUUCUGAAGCCCAUGGAUGUCAGUUACACAGAAUUCAAAAAUAAUUGAUCUUGUGUUACAUGUGCA